GUAUCAACAUGGCAGAGGAAAYUUUAGAAGAUAARGAUUUGAUUACCUGUUCAAUCUGUCUGGACCUACUGAAGGAUCCAGUGACUACUGCCUGUGGACACAGUUACUGUAUGGACUGUAUUAAGGACUGCUGGGAUCAGGAUGAUCUGAAACGUGUCUACAGCUGUCCCUUGUGCAUGGAAAGAUUCACCCCAAAACCUGUCCUGAAGAAAAACAUAUUACUGGCUGAAUUAGUGGAGAAACAGAAGAAGACAGGACUCAGAGCUUCUCCUCCUGGUCUCUGUUAUGCUGRACCUGGAGAUGUGGAGUGUGACGUCUGCACUGGGAGAAAACUCAAAGCAAUCAAGUCCUGUCUGGUAUGUCUAGCCUCUUACUGUAAGACUCACCUCCAGCCUCACUAUGAAUCCCCUGCCUUUAAGAAGCACAAAAAGAAGCUUGUCGAAGCCUCCACACAACUACAGGAGAAGAUCUUCCCUCAUCAUGACAGUCUACUGGAUGAUCACUGCUGUACUCAUCAACAGUGUAUCUUUCUGCUGUUCGUGAUGGAUGAACAUAAAGRCCAUGAUACAGUUGCAGCAGAAAGGAGAAAGAAACAGCAGCAGAGGAGACCCGGCCAUCGCUAUGCAACCCAAGUCAUGAGGCCACAACAUUUUCAGUACAUGCAACUGACCAUGAAGCCCACCUUCCAGGCUGCAGCGCCUUGCAUGUUUUGCACUCAGCACACGGCCGGUCAGACCAUGGGCCCCUGCAGAGCUGGCCUGACUGCAAUGCGACAAAAGCUGCUGCUAAGGGUCCCCCAACUAAGUUUCAGUUUAUUUAUUAGUAUUUUUUUGUUUGUUUGGUUGUUUUUACUGUGRAGAGUUGGAAUAGUAGAAUACAUAAGGCACCAUUUUGAAAUGUUGUAGUGUGCAGCAGUUUUCCUCGUUGUGUCAGUCACUGUCAGACCUACGUAAGCUAUUUACUAGGCCUACCUGUCAGAAAUGUCCAGUUGAUCAAUUCAGUGACAGAGGCAGGACAAGCAGGGCCUGUGUGCAAAAUAUUUAUCACGGUGGGGGCCCAACCAAAUCUCGCCAGGGUCCMCCAAGAAGCUGGCCAGUGGAACAGAAGCAAAUGCUGGGUGAGAGCCUCUUCCCGCUCAACCAGAAUAUGCACUCCAGCCUGACUGGCUGGAAUGAUUAACAUGUUGCUGGAGAGUCUCCAGAGUCUCUCCACGCCAAGUUGGAUGAAGCCAUGGCAGUGCUGCAGGCUUACCAGAGAUUAUGACCAACUCAUCUGGUGUUGAGCCACUGAAUUGGAACCUUGAAUCUCACUUGACUGAGGAAAAACAUAACAUUGAAAAAUAACUAAAACAUAAAACAAUGCAAGUAAAAUAAAACAAUAUUUUAAAGAAAAGAAAAGGAAAUGCCUUGAUUGAGAUUCGGCAAAAAAAGGAUACAAAAAAAGGCAAAAAAAGGAAAAUGGUUAUAAAAUAAAAAAUCUAAAAAGUAUUGGAUUUUAAGAAUGAUGACAGAAAAUGAAAUUACUGAAGUAAUGCCUGGGAUAUCAAAGCCAUGGCAUUGUUAAAUGCACAUUUACUUUGCUUUCAUAAAUA